GAAACGAACUGUCGGUAUUUCAAACAAACUUUAUACAGUAUCAACUUAACAACAUAAUAACAAAACUAAGUUAGAUUUGGUAUUGAUUUUGUGUAGAUUUAGACUUACAAAGUUAGAUUUGAAAUGUAGGCAUCACUGGCUGGCAUAGUGUCUUUUUAUAUUUGUUUUUAUUGACAACGGUUAUAAUUGUUUUUAUUAAAAUGGAUAUGAAUCGUGAGGAUUGUUUGAACUUGAAAUACGUAAAUAACUUGAUCAAAGAAGAGCAAAUUCGUUUGGAAGAUGACAAAUCAAGAUUUCAAAGGAAUGCCAAGAACAUCAAGAGUCAAGAGUGUGAGAGUAGUCAAAGUCAGCUCCUCAGCAACAUCACAUUUCCCAAGGACAAACAUUCCAAACCAUACAACAAUGCUGAUGUCAGUGAAACAAGUGUAGCUAAGAAUAAAACAAAACCCUAUAUGAUACGAAAUUCUCGUGAGGAAGAAAUAAAUAAGCUUAUAGACAAAAUAUCUAAACCGAAGGAGCAAACAACUGUAACAAGUUAUAGGGAAUUACGAAGAUCUUAUCCUCAAAUCACAGGAGAUUUUAAUCAGUUGUUGAGCCCAAUAAUCGAUGUAAGAGAAAGAGAGAAAGAUCAAUUAUCUGAAAAACUUGCUUCAACCGAAAGCCCAUUGACAAUACCCUCUAGCCGCCAUAUUUCAAAAAAUUUGUGUAGUUCAAUAUCAUUCAAUGACUUCAAACAAAAUAGUUUGGAAAAAGUGAUUGAUAAAAAUCAGAACACGAGUUUUAUUGAGAGUGACAAUAGAUUUUUGGAAGGAAAAGAAUACACAUGUGAAGAACAAGAAGAUUAUUUACGAACCAAGUACAACCACCCCAAAAUUGUAGUUUCACAUUAUAGUGAGAGUGAAAAAGACACUGUUGAUAGCAAGAUGGUUAGGAUUGGCGAAUUCUCCCCACUUAACCCCAAUUUGCCUGGAGGAGCCACAGUGCUGGGACUGGGUGAUUGGGAUGAAAAACGUCAACUGCUGCUUCAGAAGUAUAAACAGGUGUCAAGAAGCCCUUCACCUUCCCAUUGUGAUGACGGCCCCAGCCUCAACCAUCGGAGCAUCGCAACUCAAACGGACCCAUUAGAUGAUUGGUCUCCAAACAUCUCUAUGGAGAGAAGUCUCCGAUGCAUGAGUCAAAGCCCAGAAGAGACUCAGUAUCACAGAGAAUCCUAUGGACGUAAAGAUGUCGACACACACUGUAGGCCUACCUCUCCCAUUCCUAAGCAUUUGGAGAACAUGACGGAAAAGGAAAUUAGAGAAUACAUGUAUCGACAAGAACUUCAAAAACAGAUAGAAGAAAAGAAUAGAUUAAAAGAGAAAAUGAAGAAAAAAGAGUUAGAAGAAGAAGCCAAAUUUGAAGCUAAGAUUCAAAAAGAUAUCGAGAAAAUGAGACGGCAAUAUGAAGAGGAAAGGCUCCAUCGACUAGAACUUGCUAUCAGGAAAAGGGAACAGGAAGAUGUUCUGAGAGAAAAACUAGCCAGUGAACACCAAAAAGCAAAAGAGAGCAAAGCCAUGAAGAAACGGUUGGUUAAAGAUGCAGAAUUGCCAAAUUACGUUUGUAAGCAACAUGAAAAGGGCACCCAAUCUGACUUAACUAAACCUUCACGCACAUGUUCCUCAAGAAGACAUUACAGCCGAUCCCUACCUGACCAAUCUGCAGCAUCAGCUUUGUCUACUGUUCACCAGGAACUGAGACAACCUCUUCUUAAGCCUGAAACUGACCUUCUUUCUUCUCUACCUUUAGUUUCUGACAGAAUUUCACCUCCUCUCAAAACAAAACAGUCUUCUAUGAGUGCUGCCAUAUCUCCCCCAAUAUCAGUGCACAAAAGUAAGGAAGUGGAUAUUCUAGCUCAAAAAGCAGUGUUUAAUACAACUCCAAAGACCUCUCCAAGAGCAAAUGCCAAUACACCUUAUUCCUCUAGCACAGCAAGAGAAAGGUUAAAAGAAGUAGAUAAUAUUUUAAAACAGCCUCUGAUAUCAGAAUCCCGAGUUCUUCCUCCCGUCUCCCAACCUCUGCUUCAUGCCACCAUUCCUCCAUUUAGUGCUUCCUUCCAGUCACCAAGAAUCAACACUGACAUACUGGAAGAUAAGUGGAAGGUGCCUUAUGUUGAGCAAGGCAGUUCCAACACCAAGCACAAUGCUCACAUCCUUACACAGCUGGGGACAUUCCGCAGACAACUGCAUGAGGAGAGUCUACGUAUGAGACAACGUGUGAAAGAAGACUCACCCUGAUACCUGCCCAAUCAUACAUACCUUGGACACUUCCGUGGAUUUCUUCACAAGUCUUGAAAAUAUUAAUCAUAGAUUACAUUAUAUUUACCUCUUUAUAUUAUUGUAUAGCUAUAUAAUUUUCUGCUUUAAUUACUUCUAUCAUAACUUUUCUCUUUUAUACAUAAUUAUUGUGAUACAACAAAGCUUUUACAAAAUAGACAAUAAUUUUUAAGAAUUGUUAAA